AUGAACGUGAAGAGCAUCGACGAAUUCAGCCUCAUCAAACUCGUUGGAGAAGGCGCCUUCUCAAAGGUCGUCUUUGCCGUCCACAAGGAGACAGAGACAGAGGUCGCCUUCAAAAUCAUGCACAAGGAGUCGCUGGCCGGGUGCUUCGACGAGAAGCGCGUCGAGACAGAGAAGCGCGUCCUCGACGCAGUUGGCGCCUUCAAGUCGCCCCUUCUCAACAAACUGCUCUUCUUCUACCAGGACGCAUCUCGCAUCUUCUUCGGCCUCGAAUUCUGCUGCGGUGGCGACCUCCUCACCUACUUCAUGAGAAACAGCCGUGUUCCAGAGAGGCAGAUCAGGCAGUACGCCAGUGAGAUCGUCAUUGGCCUCUGUGUUCUCCACCAGAAUCGAAUUGCCUACAGAGACCUCAAAUUGGACAACAUUUUGCUGGAUAAGACGGGGCACAUCAAGUUGUGCGACUUUGGUCUGGCUCGGACUGAGAUGGACGCUGAUUCAACUGCAUUCACAUUCUGUGGCACCCCUGAUACGAUGGCACCUGAGUUGUUCAGGCAGACGGGGUACAGGAGGGACGUCGACUACUGGGCACUGGGAGUGGUGGUCUACGAGAUGUUUCACAGGAGACCGCCAUUUGCAGCACCGACGAUGAGGAAGCUGGCGAAGUGCGUCUGUGAGCACGAGGUGAAGAUCGAGGCAGAGAUGUCGCCUGAGGCACGUGACUUCGUGACCAGGCUGCUUGAGAAGGAUCCAAUGAUGAGACUGGGGCAGGGUGGGCCAGACGAGUUGAAGAGGCAUCCGUGGUUUGCUGAUGUGGUAUGGGAUGACGUCAUACACGCAACUAACCACGUCUACCACGUACCAACUGGUGCAGCAAAGAUAGACAAGUCACAGAGGAUCAAUCUACCAUUUACAGUGGCAAUGUCAGGUAGCAGUGGAGUAAUAGACGACGAUAUAGAGGGGUAG